AAAACUAAUAACAAUACUGUCGUGUCUGUUUUCUGCGCGUUUUGCGAACGGAUUUUCGCCUUUGUUUUUUUGUUUAUCGCGGCCAUCGUGACCAAUAGCAAUUGCAGGGCAAUGCAUUAACUAAUUGGUCAAGCGUGACGAGUGUCAACGUCAACCUGUGUGUCCACCGUGGCCACCUACAGAGGAAGGAAUUCGCCAUGAAACAGCUAUCAAUUUAACUAUUGCCUACCCAGUUUCACUCCCCAACCAAAAUAAUCAAAGAGGAAAGACCAGACAGCGCUGAGAAGCUGUCUAGCCACUCAAGUACACAUUAAAAUCAACCAGAAUCAGCUCUAACUAAAGGAGAAACUCAACACUCAACCCGGAGAUCACGAGUCAAAGAUCUAAAAUCAAAGCAACAGAAAGGCGUACAUUUUUUUCGGUACUCCUUCGAGCUGUAUCCUUUCCCUCCAGGCACCAAACAUCAAACACCAGCUCUGUCCACAGCUUCAGAUACACAACCUACUCCAACGACCUACUUCUUCGUAACGAUCGAGAGAGAGAGAGACAUAAGGAGGUGUGCAAAUUACAGAGAGAGAGAGAGAGAGAGAGAGAGUACUGAGAGAGACGAAGAAGGAGUGAGAUAGAGGAGGAGCAGGAGGACGACUCAUGUUAGAAAAAUGAAAAAGUUCACAUUCAAGGGAGUUCUAGAUGGAUUUCGACAAAGCGUUCAGCCCCAAGCCACACGACAGGAGCAGGAGAUCCAAGAGCAGCUCAAGGCCGAUCAUUUCACAUUGAAGAAAACCUUUCGCCAUGGCUUUCCGUACUCGCCCACAUCCUUUGCCUUCGAUCCGGUGCAGAAACUAAUAGCAAUUGGCGACAAAUCGGGCUACAUUCGCAUAUUGGGAAAGCCUGGCGUCGAUGCCCAUGCCAAACACGAGGGCGAAUCCGAGUGCGCCGUACUCUUUUCCCAGUUCCUGGUCAACGAGGGGGCCCUGGUCACCGUCACCGCCGAUGACACCAUACACUUGUGGAGCAUACGCCAAAAGACGCCGCGCAUUGUGCAAAGUCUAAAGUUUCAGCGGGAGCGCGUGACUUGCAUACACUUGCCCGUGGGCAGCAAAUGGCUGUACGUGGGCACUGAGAAGGGAAACAUACACGUUGUUCACAUAGAUACAUUUGCACUUAGUGGAUAUAUUAUUAACUGGAAUAAAGCAAUUGAAGUGGUUAGAACUAGUCAUCCAGGUGCUGUGAUUGCGUUAUGUGAUAAUCCAUUGGAUGCAAACAAGUUGCUUAUUGCAUUUGAGUGUGGGCUGCUUGUGUUGUGGGAUCUGAAAGCGAAAUGCGCUGAGAUACGAUGGCAGGCGGCUGAGGCUGUCAAGUCCCUGGCCUGGCACUACGAGGGCAAGUACUUUGUAUCAUCGCACACGGAUGGCUCCAUUUGCUCGUGGCCCACCAGGCCACAGCCCAAGCCGCAGUCGCAGGUGUGUCCGCACGCAAAAAUCAACAAAGAUGGCAACGCGGAGAAGUGCAAACCGAUCUAUAAAGUUGACUUGAAGUCCAGCACAACUGGUGAAACUUUCACAAUUUUCUCUGGUGGCAUGCCGUCGGAAAAGGGCUCAAAGUCAAAUUGCAUCACCGUGAUGGUCGGCAAGGCCACAACGGUGCUGGAAAUGGAGCAUGCUGUAUGCGAUUUCAUCACCCUCUGCGAGAAUCCCUGGCCAUGCGAGACCCAGGAGCCCUAUGCAAUAGCUGUGCUACUUCAAUACGAUUUAGUAUUAAUAGACUUAUUAACACCCGGUUUUCCAUGUUUUGAAUCGCCUUAUCCAAUGGACUUACACGAAUCACCUGUUACAUGUUGCACAUAUUUAACCGAUUGCCCAUCGGAUUUGGUUCCUGCAUUCUAUUCGGUUGGUCGGACAACGACAAGUAAAAAAAGUUGCUUCUCGGAGCGUGAGUGGCCAAUAUCGGGCGGAGAGUGGUCGCCGGCGUCGUGCAGCUACUCGGAGAUUGUCAUCACCGGACAUCAGGAUGGUAGCCUCAAGUUCUGGGACUCGGGUGCCGGCACACUUCAGAUACUCUACAAGCUGAAGACGGCCAAAAUGUUCGAGAAGCCGCGCACACACGCGGCCCAGGCCCACGCGGAUGCUGACAAUCCGCUGGCCGUGCAUCUGAUAUUCCUCUGCUCGGAGUCGCGACGCCUCUGUGUGGCCGGUGCCAUGGGGCAGGUGAUGUUGUUUAAGUUUCGCAAGGUCGAGUCCACAUCGGAGGUCCUGGUGCUGGAGAUACCCAUACUCUAUGAGAAUUUUGAUGACAUUUAUGGCACCAGUCCCGAAUGCGAUUUCCUAACUGGCCACCAGGUGCAGAAAACGGAAUCCAGUGACUCGGACAAGACGACGGACUGCUCGUUGAAGGUCCGCUUUGGGGCACAGCGUAAGCCGCCGGGCUUUCAGUCGCAGCUGGUGUGCCUCACCACUGGACCCAAUCGCCGGAAUGUUCAGGUCACAUCGCUGUGCAUCAGCUCCAGUUAUGGCCUAAUGGCUUAUGGUACCGAAUAUGGACUUGUCAUAAUUGAUAUAAUCCAAAAAAUUUGCCUCUUGAGUGUUGCAUGCCCCGAUCUGUAUGGCGCACAUGAUCCUUACUCGCGAACACCAAAAAGUCCGAAACGCAUUGAGAAUAAAGAGGAGCAGAGCCGUUCGCCCAGCUCAGAUCAGCUGAACGACACGACUAGCCCGGACAGUCCAUCGAUCGAGUUUAUGCCCGAGGCGAUCGAGGCAUAUGCCACGGGUGCAGCCGCAACACCAGCGGCGGCGGCCAACGAGUCCUCGAGCACCUCGCGACCCACCUCCCCCAGCAGCGGUCCCGAUUCGGCGGCAGCACCACCAGUUUCAGGGUCAGGCACCGGCACCGGCACAGGGACUGGGACUGGGACUGGGACCAUCGCCCAGCCUCAGGUGAUCAACAGCAGCCGGGAGACGCUGCUGAGUGGCUCGGCGGCGAGUACAGCCGCGAGUGCGGCGAAUGCCACCGCCAUGGCCAUGGCCAAGAGUCCACUGCGCGAAGAGGUGAUGGCGGCGGCGGCUCCCAAGGAGCUGCAGGAUCGACGCAAGUCAAUGUCCUGGAAAACGUUCAAUUUGAAGCGUCAAUUAUCGAAAGUCAAUAUGAAGAUCGGCGGCCUCAAUGUCAACACCGAUCUCGAGUCCAUCAGGAACACUUCAAUUUUCUAUACCCCCAAGGAGAGCUCCCCGGAGGGUGCCGGCGAGGAGCCAAGUGCGGCCACAGUCGCUGCUGAGGCCCUCGAGUGCCGCGAGGAGGAUGCAGGCCUGGCGGCGGCCAGCAUGGCGCUUAGUAGCGAUGAGCCCGAACUCCCAUUGCCAUCGUCCUCUUCGGCGAUGCGCGGCAAGUUCCGCUCCUCCACCACGGACUCGCCGGACGGUGGCUACAGCGGCGAGACUGCUGCGGCGGGCAGCGGCAAGCGCGUGGACUUUGAGCAGCAAUUGAAUAGUGGGGCCGAGGGCGGCGAGCGGCCCAAUAACUUGCCCCUCUCCGGUGAGUCGCAGGCACCGAUAAAGCCAUCGCGGCAGCGCUUCAAGGAGAAGUCCCGCGACCAGCGCCUGCUCUCCGUGCCGAACAUCAAGUAUCAGCCGCGCGACCUGCGCGGCGGUGUGCGGGCCAUCAAGAACGACGUGUCGCCGCUGAUGGGCGGCAAUGUGAGCAAGAAGAUGCAUAAAUUGGAUGGAACUUUCUCAAGAUCCAGAUCAUCGUCAAUGUCCAGCAUUGAUAUGUCUUCCUCGGAAUCUGUUACCUGUUUAGCAUUCAUUGAGAGUUAUGCAAAACGAAAUGAUAUUUUGACACUUGUUCCUACUUUGUGGAUUGGAACUAGUUUCGGUUCGAUACUGACCUUGUUCAUCACCAUGCCGGAGCGAGAUGUGCGCAAGUCUCAGCCAGUAUUGAUCACAAUAAAUGGCGGACCCGUGGUUCGACUCAAAGGCUCCAUAACUUCCAUGUCUUUUUUAGACUCAUACGGCUCGAUCAUACCCUUUACAUUUGAGACCUGGCGUGACGAGAAGCGGGACAAGACAGAUCGCACACCCACUAAGAGCAGCAGCCGCACCAGUCCCACAUUCACACCAACAACUGCCAAUACAAUAUCAAACACUUCGGUCGCUGGCGGCGUGGCGGGGGGUAGUGCUGGUGGCGGCGGCGGCGGCAGUGCCAGUGGCAGCAGCGGUGGCGGUGGCAGCGGUGGAGCAACUGCAGCAUCAGCAGGAGCAGCAGCCGCAGCAGCAGGCGGAGGAGGAGGCGGAACCGCUGGCACUGCAGCUGGCAGUGGGGCUGCGGGCAGUGGGGGCGCAGGUGGCACAGGUGCGGGCAGCAGUGGCGGUGGCGCCGUCGGUGGCAUGAUCAGUAGCAGCGCCAGCCCAAGCAGCAGCGGCAUCAGCGGCAGCAUCAGCACCGGCCUGGAAACACUCACCGAUCGACAAUAUAUCGUUAUUGCAAGCGAGAAACAAACAAAAGUCUUCGAUGUGGCCAAUCAGUGCUGCAUCAAUCGCAUACAAUUAUCGGAAAUGGAUUUUGCAGUCAAGGCAGAAACUAUCACGAUGAAGGAUGGCUCUUGCUUAGCAACCUAUCUUUCGAAUGGCCAUCUAAUGGUACAUAGUCUUCCUAGUCUAAAACUGUUAUUGGAUACUGAUUUCUUACCGCUUAUGGAGUUAAGUUUUCAAACAAAAUGUAAACAGGGAAUUGUGGAUCCAAUGCUCUCGAUAUGGGGUCAACAGAUCAUUGUUCAUGAAGACACAACUCAAAUAUCAAAAAUAUUUUGCUUUAGUCAUAAAGGUCAUGGAUUGUACAUGGCAUCGCCCACCGAAAUUCAAAAAUUCACGAUAUCAUCGGAAUUCUGUCAAUUUAUUUUGGAGAUGAUGGGUGAACUUUAUACGGUACACGAAAUGCCCGAGCAACCGAAGGAGAGUUUCUUUAAGGGUCUGUUUGGCGGCGGGUCCAAGCAAUUGGAUCGCGAGGAGCUUUUUGGCGAGCAGAGCGGGAAAGCAAAUCGUUCGGUUGCACGGCAUAUACCCGGACCCAAUUUGGAGCAGCUCGGCACACGUGCUUCCACGGCCGCAUCGGAGAUUAGUCGGGCGCACCAGCUGGCCAUGGAGCGCGGCGAGAAGCUCAAUAUUUUGGAGGAGCGCGCCGAGCGUAUGGCCAAUACAGCUCAAGAUUUCAGCGGUACAGCGCAUCAAUUAAUGCUUAAAUAUAAAGACAAAAAGUGGUAUCAGUUGUAAAAUAUCUAUUUUAGGAGCCAAUUCUACCACAGUUAUUGUAAUAUUGCUUUUAUAACACUUUCUACUACAUUACGAGUAAAGUACACUUAUUUAA